AUGCAAUGGAUUUCUUUCAAAGAUCUUUUCUUGGAGGCAAUUCAUAAUAAUCCUACGAUCAACAAGGCACAAAAGAUGCAACAUCUGAAAACAACGUUAAGAGGAGAAGCUGAGCGACUAGUACAACAUCUCAGCAUCGGCGCUAUGACUCAUGCUGGGAGAUACUCACCCAGCGCUACGACGAUCGGCGUCUUCAGCUUACAUCUUUCGUCAACACCAUGCUCAACUUGCCUGUAA